CAGACAUGGUGUCUUUCUCCAGAGAGCUGGAGGCAUCCAUAAAAAAGCCAGGGGACAGUCUGCUUUCAUCAAGGGUCACCUCAGAGUUGCUGGAAAUCCUCCAAAACUCUCCCAAGAGACUACCUUCUCUUUCCACCUCUUACCCCUCAGGCAGUAAUUCUCUGUGAAUGGUCUUCUAAUAACAUUCCCUCAUAAACCAUGUCCAGCCUGAAAGAAAUUUGUAAUGGGCUUCCCCUGAACCCUCUUCCAGAGAACAGAGGCCGAAAGAACGGAAUCCCUCAUGCUCCUGUGAGGACUCCCAACCUCACGGCACAUGAAGAAAAGCUGGCUUUGAAGAACUCCCUGCGUUAUUUCCCUUCUGACUUGCAUGUGGUCCUGGCACCAGAAUUUGCCAAGGAGCUGAGACUCUAUGGACAUAUCUACAUGUACAGGUUCUGUCCCCAAACUGAGAUGAGAGCUCACCCCAUCCAGGAAUAUCCCUGCAAAAACAUCCAGGCUGCUGCAGUAAUGCACAUGAUUAUGAAUAAUCUUGACCCUGCAGUGGCACAGUUUCCACAGGAGCUUGUAACCUAUGGAGGAAACGGACAAGUAUUCAGCAACUGGGCACAGUUCUGGCUGGUGAUGCACUAUUUGUCUGAGAUGACUGAAGAGCAGACAUUAGUCAUGUACAGUGGGCACCCUUUGGGGCUCUUCCCUAGCCAUCGCAGCGCUCCUCGAUUAGUCAUAACCAACGGGAUGGUAAUUCCUAAUUAUUCUUCAAGAGAUGAAUAUGAGAGAAUGUUUGCAAUGGGGGUUACAAUGUACGGACAGAUGACAGCCGGGAGCUAUUGUUACAUUGGACCACAGGGAAUAGUCCAUGGAACGGUGCUAACAGUGCUCAAUGCAGGCCGUCGCUACUUGGGAGUGGAGAACCUGUCUGGGAAAGUCUUUGUCACAUCUGGCCUUGGAGGGAUGAGUGGUGCUCAAGCCAAGGCUGCCGUCAUUGCUGGCUGUGUGGGGAUUAUUGCUGAGGUUGAUGAAGCUGCCCUUUUAAAACGUCACCAGCAGGGAUGGUUGAUGGAAAUCACGAACAGCCUGGACUACUGUAUCAUCCGGCUCAGGGAAGCAAAGAAGAAGAAGAUGGCUCUUAGUCUGGGAUAUCAUGGGAAUGCGGUAGAUCUUUGGGAGAGACUUGUUGAAGAAUUCAGUACCACUGGAGAACUGUUAGCUGAUUUGGGGUCUGACCAAACAUCCUGUCACAAUCCAUUUAAUGGAGGCUACUGCCCGGUACAGCUGAACUUUAAGGAGGCUAACCAGCUCAUGUCUAGCAAUCCCGUGAAAUUCCACACCCUAGUGCAAGAGAGUCUGAGGAGACAAGUGACUGCCAUCAACAAACUGUCCGAUCAAGGAAUGUUUUUUUGGGACUAUGGAAAUGCUUUCCUCCUAGAAGCUCAGAGAGCUGGUGCUGAUGUUGAGAAAAGAGGAGCCAGCAAAUCUGAAUUCCGAUACCCUUCUUAUGUCCAGCACAUUAUGGGUGACAUUUUUUCCCUCGGAUUUGGACCAUUCCGCUGGGUUUGUACCUCAGGCAACCCAGAAGAUUUGGCAACCACUGACUUUAUUGCCACAUCAGUACUUGAGGAAGCUGUGCUUCAGGGAGUGAGUGCAUCUGUGAAGCAGCAAUACUAUGAUAACAUCCGCUGGAUUCAGGAAGCCAGAAGGCACAACUUGGUUGUAGGUUCCCAAGCCAGAAUUUUGUAUUCUGAUCAGAAGGGUCGUGUAGCUAUUGCACUGGCUAUUAACCGAGGCAUUGCUGAAGGAAGAAUUAAGGCACCAGUUGUCCUUAGUCGAGACCACCAUGAUGUUAGUGGCACAGACAGUCCUUACAGGGAGACGUCAAACAUCUAUGAUGGAUCAGCAUUUUGUGCAGAUAUGGCAGUUCAGAAUGUCAUAGGAGACUCAUUCAGAGGAGCUACCUGGGUUGCCUUACACAAUGGUGGUGGUGUUGGCUGGGGAGAAGUGAUAAAUGGAGGAUUUGGCCUUGUCCUGGAUGGCUCAGCAGAUGCAGAAGAACGUGCAAAGAUGAUGCUGAGCUGGGAUGUUUCCAAUGGGGUUGCAAGACGCUGUUGGUCUGGUAGCAACAAUGCUUAUGAAACCAUCUGCCAAGCCAUGGAGAAAGAUAAGAAACUGAAGGUGACCCUUCCACAUAAGGUGGUAGAUGACAGCAUCCUGGAACAAGCCCUGUGUUGUUAACCCUGCACUACAUUCUUUUAUUCUGAUUUUUUGAAACAAGCUUUGAACAACGCUCUACUGGCUCUCAACAGGCUUCCACUAAGAUGGCAUAAUAAAUAAACAUUUGAGUCUGUCUUCCAGGAGAGCAGCUCUUUUAAAUUUUUAUUGUCAGGGAAAUCCAUAUACAUACAUUCAACAUGCAUGGAAGUCUUUCCAAUAUGUCACAGCGAGUGGUUCCCCAAUCCCAACCAAAGAUUCUAUUCAACAUGAGCAGUAGCAUAAAAAUACUGAACAUCCGUUCUUGUCUGUCAAUCUAGAAAUCAAAGUGCAAGAAAUAAGAGACAGGAACAUGUGCAUUCUAAUUCCAUUUCUGGCACUAAUUAUGCUAUGUCGGGAAAGUCAUUUUUCAGUUUUGUGGUCAAAAUUCAGUAUUGUUAUUGUAAGAAUAUUUAGGUCUCUGUGUCAGGACUUACUUAUUGCCCCCAGCUGCUCAGGAGGGUCUGACCGUGGCUUCCAUUAGAAAUCCAUUUAUUGUUUAUGUAUCCUGUUCCUUAGCUAAUUUAUAUAUACAAUAAGGAUUUCACUUGCAAUUGUCUGCCCAAAUGUUUCAUCUUCCUUAUGUACUCUGGAUGGAUGGGUCAGAGCUGUCCCCACAACCCAACCUUCACUCACCUCUCUGAAUUCUACUGUUCAUCUAUCUCCUUGCCCAUAACCUGUUGGUCUAUCAGGAUGUGGUAACUCACCAUCUCUUAACACACAAGGAGCACUUUCAUGGAGCCACUUCACCAUGUAGAAAUGGAGGGAAACAUUCACCUCAAGGUGAUAUUUCCCCCCUCAAACAGUGGUUGGUUGUUAGUCUGGAUGAUAUUCCUAGUCCUCCUGUCUGCUGGCAUCAUUAAUCUCUUCAGCAACAUUGUCUCCAUCCAUAAAUAAUGAAAAUGCCACUACUUUCCGCCGUGGUGCCCAAAUGGCUUACACUAGAGUUGGUGCCUUUUGGCACUGUACACUGUGGAAUGCCAUAGCUGCAUUGGGCUGUGGCUGCUGGUUAGAAUGUAGUCCAAAAUUAUCCUCAGUUGCAAAUGGUUAAGACCUCUUCAGGCUGAUAAAGCUGCAGUGAUGAAUCACACUCUGUGGUGGUAUUAUCAGUAUUCUCUCUCUCUCUCUCUCUCUCUCUCUCUCUCUCUCACACACACACACACACACACACACACACAGAGCAAUAUAUUAUGUUACUGGGUUUUUAAUUUUGGAAUCUGCCAGCCAAAUAUUUAACAUCUCACUUAGAAGCUUUUGGUUAUAGAUUUUAAAGCCAGAUAUUUGGCUUCAUCAGUCAUUUCAGAGAAGAGAGUUCUCCUUUCCACCUUGGGUAGCAUACUGCAGAAUUUAUAGUGUUAGAGCCAGGGUGGGCAGACUUCACACUUGUCAGAUCACCUUUGUUUUUGUUUUUUACUGUAGUUUGUGAAGGGUACUGGGAAUUAGAGCUCUGUGAGGGAUCGUCUAACAACUUUCAGCACCAGUUCCCAGGAUUCUUUGGGGGAAACGGUGACUGUUGAAAUGAUAUAACAGUUAUUUACACGAAUGGAGCAGUAUUCAACUAACUUUUUGUGCUAGUGCAAAGAUUAGUGCUAAAACAAUGGGAUUUGCCUCCUUGCUUCCUACAAUACACCUCAUCCUGUGCCCAAAUCUGCUCCAGAGGUUUGAGGGAAUCCUGAGGAAAGAUUUAGGGAGUGCACAGGGGGAGAUUGAUCUCAUGCAAGGAGAAGUCCUUGUGCUGACAGAAGCUUAGCCUUAGUGCUACAUUGAAUAUAACCCAUGAUGUGGAUGUGGCCAUAGUUAAAUGUCAGUAGUUAACUGUAGCUCAUUCGUAGAGCAUCUACUCUGCAUGUAGACGGUCCCAGGUUCAAUCAUCAGCAUCUUCAGAUAGGACAAGGAGAGAACCCUGUCCAGAAUCCUGGAGAGCUGCUGCCAGUCAGUGUAGACAAUACUGAGCUAGAUGGACCAAUACUGUGACUCAGUAUAAGGCAGCUUCUUCGGUUUUUAUCAAUAAAUGUAGUUUAACUAAAUGUUUUGAACUUUUUAAUAUAUAAAGUAGUUAUAAUUAUUAUUCAGCUGCAUGAAAAGUGGUUAAACUACUGUAUUGGUUUCAUUACUGCCCAUCAUUGAAAGUAGCAUAGAUAUUGGGUAAAUUGGGGCCUUAAUUCCUGUUGUUUCUUGCUAAUGGAAUCAUCUUGGUUAAAAUUAUGUAGAAAUCACAUUUGUUUGCACCUAAAUUCCCAAGUAAUUGCUACCAAGAAAUGACUGUGUGAACAGAAACUACCAGUGUGGAUUUGCCCUUUUGGGCAGGGGGUUAAAGAGAUUGAACUAGAUGACUUUCAGUUCCUUCAUCUCGGCAAUUCUUUGCAAGGUUUUUUGUUUGUGGUGUUCCAUGGUUUUGUGCCAGCGGAAUGCAGUUCAAUUUAAGCUAUCAAUGAAGCAUACCUCAUUGAAUAGCCCAAGUUAGCUCUACAAUAGACUGAGGACAGCUUGUUCCCAAGAAUGGGUUUUUGUUUUUUUUAAAAAUCUUAUAAAGAUUUUAUACUAUUUUGAUAAGACAUAACAAACAUGUUCAUAGCCAAUAGUCUUCAUAUGACUUUAGCUAUACUAAAACUACAUUAACAAAGCCAACUGUGUAAAUAACUUUGCUGGGUACAGAGAUAUUCAUUAUAAAGACCUAAAAUGAUACUGUGAACAUAUGUUGGCAAAUACUUUGUGUAGAGGGAGGCCACCCAUGGGUUGCAGUAAAAAAAUAAUGGCCCAAUUCAGUCAUAACAAUGAAAAUGAAAAUGAGCAAAUGUGAGCCCUUUGUUUCUUUUUCACAUGUGAGAUAAGGAGAUGGGAAACUUCCAGUUGUGGAUUGUAACAGCAGGUUCCUAUUUUGUGCAAGUACAGAAAACUGGUUUGUACAAACUAGGGAUGGAAAGACCUGUCAAUUUCGGUUCUCUCAGUUUCUCAUUUUUCCAGUCUUAAAUUCAGUUCUCCAUAUGUCUGCAACAAUUUUUUUUUAAAAAAGAAUCCUCAUGAAAAUUCUAUAGCAUUAUAGUGCAAAUUUCUCCUAUAAAUAUAUUUUUGUAUGCAGUUUUGACUAAUAUACACAUUUUUGCAAGCAAUUUCUCAUCAUAUAAUGCAUUCAUAUAUUAAUUUUUAUGCACUUUCCCCUAAUACAUGCAUUUUUAUAAACGUCGUUUGGUUGGCAAACUGCAUCAGAUAACUUGAAUAAAUGUAAAUAAGUUGCCCAUCCCUAGUACAAACCAUAGUUCGUUCACAAACCAGGAGAUCAAACCAGGAUCAGGUUGUGCCAUAGCAUCUUGCUAUAUACGAAUCAUGCCUCCAAGUCUCUUAAUUGAGCAAAGGGCAGUAGCAGAUACAAUGGCAGAUGACUCCACCCCCAUUUCCCUCAUAGAGCUACAAUAUUCAGAGUUUCUUGGAAGAGGGUUGAUUGUUAAACUGUUCUGGGAACUGUAACACUGUGAGGGGAAAGUGUCUCCUAACAACUUUCAGCAUCCUUAACAAAUUACAGCUCCCAGGAUUCCUUAGGGGAAGCCAUGACUGUUUAAAGUGUUGUAAUAGCUCUUUAAUACAUGGUGCAGGCCUGCAAAAUCCAGAGAAGUGCAAAUUUUGAAGGGUGACUGAGUUUUGGUUUGUUCGAAAAGUGCAAAUUAAGCAGAUUUACCUUUAAAUGUGAACUGAAUCAAAUUUCUUUCCCAUCCCUAGUUAUGACUGUCCAUAUUUCUCAUGUAGUUAAAGUACAGUUGUUAACUACCACAUCUGAAGAGCAAACUGAACUUUUCCAAAAUGUGUACAUGAAAGCAAUGGAGAGGCAUUUUAAGCUUGCUGCUACUUGCUAAGCAGAGGUAUAAGACACAGAUAUAGGAUACUUGCAACAUGAAGGUUAUAGCUCCGUGGUAGAGCACGUGCUCUGCUAACAAAAGCUCCCAGAUUCAAUAUGUGGCAGCUCUGGGUACUGCUGGGAAGACUCCUGUCAGGAACCCUGGAGAGCUGCUGCUAGUCAGUGUAGGCAGUAGUGAGCUAGAUGGACCAAUGAUCUGACUUGGCAUAAGGCAGCUUCCUAUAACAAAGCUUUGGCAAAACAUUCACAUUCUUCACUGACGUCAAGAGUCAGGGCUGGCAACAUAUUUUGCAGGCCCAAGCCAAAAGACUCGCAGAAUCCCCCAAACAUUCUUACACAUAUGGAGAUGAUUGGUCUGGUUGGGGUGCUUAUGCUGCAGCUGCUGAACCUCACCUUUUCCUCUCUUGCCAGAUCAUGUGUCCUCCUGAUCACAUGGCAGCCUAUGUGUGAGGAGCUGCUUGUGUGCAGGCUCUUUCCUUUGCAGAUGACCUAGUUGUCGUGAGCCCUGCACAGAGCUGGUGGACGAACAAGGAUGAAGUGUGUGAGGAGGACUUAGAGUGGGAUGUUCAAGCCGGGGAGGGUUUGAGUGGGGAGGGGGACUCAGGAGAAGCUCCUGCCCUGGACUUUGACAGUUCAGCCCCAGCAGCUCCCGAAGCCCCUAUGGAGACUCAACCAGACCAGCCGGCUAUUCCUCAGUCUGAUGUUUCCUCUCUCCCCAUUCCCAAGCUCAUGCCCCCAGCUGACAGCCCUCCUCCCUCAGAGGGGGAAGACAGGACAGUGAGCAAGGCUCCGCCUUUGCCUUGCACCGGGAGACAUAUGAGGCGGGAGAUUCAACAGACACAGUUGAGGCAGAGUCUUCAUGUGCACACGCACACCUAACAGUGACAGGGGGACUUAAGCUUAAGCUGGGCAAAGGGGGGGGGAGUAGUUGCUGAGUCAACAUCUUUAAGCCGCAAAGUUUGCGUCUGUGUUAGAAUUGCUCAAUAUGUUUUUAAUGUUUUUAACUCUUUUAAAAAGUUUUAAUGUUUUUAACGCUGUUUUGUUUUAAUGUAUCUUAAGAUCUGAUGUUUUAAAGUGUUUUUAGCGCUUUGUUUGCACCCUGGGCUCCUGCUGGGAGGAAGGGCAGGAUACAAAUUAAAUAAUAAAUAAUAAAUAAAGUUGUGCCUAGGUAGUUCUAGAGAGGGAUGCUAAGUUCUGAGUAAGCCGUAGGUAGACUCAUGAAGCACGCUGAACUGAAACUUUCUCUUACUACAAUAAAAAACAACACAGCUGUGA